AGGAUUUCUUUGUCUAACUCCUCCAUCUUUUUAGUUUUUGGUUUCAAACGGUUUGGAUAGGAAGGAGGAGGAUAAUAAGGAAGAGGAUUUUCAGAGGAAGUAUUAGGGAAUACUAACCUGGAGUUAUCAGUCACCAAUUUACUAAUAAUAGUUUCUGAAUGGGGACUUCUGAAACUACAGAAUGGAUCAUGGAAUAUCAUCAAAGCAGACCAGGAUUGGAAGUAUUGCAGCAUCAAAUUGAUGACUUUAUAAUUGCUCAUGAAGAAAAACUGGAAGAGGAAAGAAAAGAAAAAGAAGCCCUUGCUGCUGAAGGGGGGUGGACAGUUGUUGUACACCAUAAAGGUAGAAAGAAAACUACUGAUUCUGAAACUGGAAUUGCAGUGGGUUCGGUUGCUCAAGCAGCCAUGGAGAACAAAAUGACCAAAAAGAAACAUAAAGAAGUUGGUCUUGAUUUCUACCGAUUUCAAAAGAGAGAAACACAGAGAAAUGGUAAAAUAUGUAUUUGUUUUUGAAAGUGACCUAAAAUUGUUCUGUUUAUGUCAAACAAAUUAC